GAUAACAGUGAUGACCGGUCCGAGAGCAUCCUUGCCGAGAACCAUGUGGACGGCACCACGGGGAUCCUGAGCGGAGGUGGCGGGAGGAAGCCCAUAAAGACGGGCAUGAAGGAGCUGGCGGUUAUGAGGGAGAAGGUGAACGAGCAGCAGCGUCAGAUGGGCAAAGUCGGCAAGGCUCACCACAACCACGAGGACUCGAAGAAGUCACGGCUGUCGACAGGCAGGACCCCUUGUCAGCAAGAGCUGGAUCAGGUCCUGGAACGCAUCUCCACUAUGCGGCUGCCGGAUGAGCGAGGUCCCCUGGAGCACCUCUACUCCCUCCACAUCCCCAACUGUGACAAGCACGGCUUAUACAAUCUCAAACAGUGCAAGAUGUCGGUGAACGGGCAGCGUGGCGAGUGCUGGUGCGUGGACCCCAUCCACGGGAAGGUGAUCCAGGGCGCACCCACCAUCCGCGGGGACCCCGAGUGCCACCUCUUCUACACAGCCCAUGAGCAGGAGGACCGGGGAGGACAUGCCCUGCGGAGCCAGUAGAUGGAUGUGAUCCCACUCGCUGGAGGCGGCUCGCCCUGGCCCCAGUGCUGGAUUUUACAUGGGUUUCAGCGUGUCUCUUUAGGCUCUGGAAGAGACUGGGGUUGGGUCCUGCGGGCUGCCCUCCUUCCCCCGCUGCCCAGCUCCUGGGGAGGGGAGGGAUAACGGGAGGGGAAGGGAGGUGGGGGGGUUGCAAGGAGAAGGGACUGCUUUCCUAUAGUCUUUCCCCCAACGUAAGCCAGAGAACUGGUCUUUUUUGCUCCUCGCCCCGCGGCCCUGCCCUCCCUGCUGCUUCGCGG